CAUCCUGUGCGGCUAUUGUUUUUUCGCCGGAGAAAUUGAAGCAGGCGGUGGAGACUUCCUUUCUGCAUCAAAUUGAAAGUGUUAAACCACCAGCCUCAUUCUGGAAAAAUCCAUAAGCAGGCACAGCGUACUGACCAUAUGCCGCAAUGAUAAAAUAUGUAUCGAUAAAAAUGAUCUAGAUCUACAUCACUCCGAAGUAAACAAGAACCAUUCUUGGCAAGAUGUUUAAAGCCUUCCAGCCUUCGGACGCGCUGCUGGACCAACUGUCGAAGCGGCUCGAAAAAGACCAUGCCUCUGUGCCAUAUCAGUCGGGAAAAAGUGUAACAAGUACCCACCACACCAGCUCAUUUGCAUAUAGCACUUACAGGAGCUUCAGUCAAAUUUUUUACGGCUUCAGCUAUAUAAGUAUUUGCAAAGAGAAACACUGACUGUGACUUCGACAUUCACAUGCAUCCGUUUGAGUGCGAAAAAUCCACCUGAAGGGUGUGUUGCUGGGUACUUAUCUACGUAUUUCCGACGUGAUAGUCCGACAGCGAUGCAGAGCAAGCCCUUACUCGGCGUGCCGUAUAACAAUCCGCAGAGGAGUCCGGGAAAAGGAGCUUCGACCUCGGAAGCGGAUGAGGUAUAAAUACAUGAUUUGACUCGCGGAGAACUUGUUCGAUGCCCACAAGGCAUCAUGGCACAGCACACGCUUCAUGUCAGCUGAAUAAAUCUUUAGCUGUACUUACUACGCAAGAGUGCGUGAUUAGAAAAAAGUUUUAAUAAAAAUCUGACACCGAAAAUUGUUUUGGCUCCCCUAAGGGUAAGGGCGGAAAAGAAACACCAAACCGCUACAACUCCAGGAGAGCCGCAAGCAUAUGCACCGGUUGGCUGGCGCAAACUUGAUUUCGCAGAGCAACAAGUUUCGGGUAAAGAGCUCCUCCGAGGUGGAGAAGAAUGCGCAGAUGUUUGCCACCACCCAGAACAUCAUCACACAGUCGAAUGCCACCGAGAUUGCCCAGAACACGUCGAACGUGUUUGCGCAGGCCGAGUUCAGUGUGGAAACGUUCCUGAAGGAGCAGGAGGAAAAGCGCAAGCUGAACUACCAGCUCUCCAGCAUGGCAGCGGGGAACAUCCACGGUAGUGCUGGCGCUCCCACUGGCAGUUCCUCUAGUUCGCAAGGAAAUUUUUCAAUGUCGCCGACAAGACCAGGCCGUGGCGGUGCUGGAGCAACAGCCGGCGGUGCAGCAGGAGCGACUACCGGAUCUAAUUACACGUCCACCCGUCGGGGAGGCAAUGCCUCGCACAACGCGUCCGUCACAUCGGACUCCAGCAUUACGCUGGAGCGGCGCACGUAUCACAUGGUACAACCAAGUCCCCUCUCGCCUCUCAGACAAAAUGAAAUUGCGACAGUGAAGAAAUGACAUCAAUGAGCUACCUAUUGCAUGAAAGAUACAAAAUAAAAUGAUCGGACGGAAUAUUCAGCUCUUUCGGCACGGUCCUCAACUUGUCACUCAAGUCACGACUGCAAAAAAAGAAAACAGCAAUCGGGAUACUUGUAAUUUUGUUGCAAAAAACUAAAACAAAAGAAUGAGGCGAGGGGAGUGACGCUUUCUGCACUCUGAUAGGAAAGAUCGCAAGUGGGAGGAGGAGGCGAGAAGGCGGGAGGAGCAGCUCCGGGCGAAGUCCUUGUACAACAUGAGCGCCAUGGCGGGGUCCAACUGCUCUACCGCGGCCAAUAUUUCGUCCAUCGUCCGCGAGCACAAGAAGCGGUUGCAGGACCAAUCCAACACGGUUUCUACCAUGGCGAGCACAGCAGCCACAAACUCCUCGUUUUCACAAACGUACGACGGCGCGACCACAACGACCGGGCGGCAGGACGUCGGGGGCUCCUCGACUGCGGCAGGGAACGGCAAAAUUCCGGACGUGUUCGCGCGGCUGAGUGCAAACCCGCUGCUGACCCCGGCGACCGACCGCUUCAGUGGUUCGGCGUCCUCCUCGAAGCGGAGUUUGUACCGCACAUACAGCAACCCGCAACCGGCGACGAAGAGUUUGAACAGCUCGAUGACGUUGGAACAUCUGAUGAGCCAGACGGCGGCGACCAGCAGCGCUGCCAUUCCCGCCAACACCAAAAUCGUCGUAACCGAGAACGGGUUCGAAUACGUGCCGAAGGGCACCGCGACCGGGGGUAGUAGUGGUGCGGGAGCUGCCGGUGGAGCGGAGAUGGACACGACAAGCAGUGCUGCGGUGAACCAAGACAUUGCCACGUCGGCGCUGCAACAAGGAGGUUCGUCCGCUCAAAACGGUGCUGCUAGUAGUACAACACGUGCGGCGGGUUCAAAAACUUCGACGAAAUCGAAGCGGGCGGCGUCCGUGCCGCCGCUGCCCCUGAUUCCCAAAUAUGUGGCAAACGCCGAGCAGACGCCAAAGAAGUCCUUCUGGGAAGACGACGGGCCGAAGGAGGAGUGGGCGGUGGCGAACGCCAAGGACUUCCACGCGACGCGACGGGACCCAACGCCCCCGCCCCCGCCGGCGCCGAAGGACCAGAGCGUGCAGGAGAGCGUGGCCGUGAAGGAAUCUGCGUUCUUCAAUAACGCGCGUGCUGCUCCUGCUGGAGCAGCGAGUCAUCUGAACAGCAAAAACUACACGAUGACGCCGGAUGAUUUCGAGCUCUUUGCUGCGACCCCCAAGUCUUCUUCGGGCGCGCGGGUCGCUACGGAGGAAGGAAGCGAGGAUUACGGCGGCGGGUGGGUUGCGAAGAGGGAGAAAGCUAGUGCUGAGAGCAAGAAGAUGUCUGGAUUUUUGUCGAAUUUUACCGAUAUAGAACCACAAGCGGACGAGUCAGACAGGAACGGCAUCAGCGAGAGUCAGCACGCAAAAAUGCUGUCCACGAUGGAAAACAUUCGGCGGUCGGCGAGCUCUACGGUGCGGGGAUCUCCGGGAGCUGCUGUAAGCGACCGCACGAUGUCCUCUCUGACUCCGAAAAUAGAACAAGAAGCCGCAACCCCAAAAGCCAGCAGCGACGUCCUGGCCGGGACUUCGUUUAGCUUGGCCGCCACGGUUUCACACGCAAGCCCACAAAAAAGCACUUCUAGUACGGCAAAUAAUGUGCACGCGAAUAACCAAUCUGCUUCGAUGACGCCAACGAGCGGCAGUGCAGCGAAAGAUGGCGCCGGUGCUGCGGCCCCGGGUAUAUCGGGUUCCGUGAGCAGUCCCUCGGCCGCGACGCGCCGCGAACCCGAAGCUACGAUGCAGCCACCUCCCCCGCCACCCCAGCUCCCGGUGAUUGCGUCGCGCAAAACGGGGGUGGCUGCCCUUUCGCAGACCAUCGACCUGAGCGGGGCGCUCUCGGGCAGCUCCGCACACAGCAAGUCGCGGACAGCCACGGGCGCGCCAGCGACCAAAGCAUCCGGGUCGACCCCCAACAGCCGGCGGUCCAGUUUGGCGGCCACCUGGCAGGCGCUGCCCAGCGUGCCGGAGGAGAACCUGAAGGAGGUCGGGGCCAGUCCGGUUUCGCAAAAAGUCGUCGCCGCCAAGCACGCAGGAGCAAUGACGGUUUCAUCUUCGAACAAAACUGGAGCUGGACCACCUCACAAUCAAAUGUUGAACCAGAACUACAACAACCUGGGACAGACGCAGCCGCUGCAGCAAACGCACAACUCUAUCAUCGCAUCGUCUUCUUCCUCCCAGCAGUUGCAGCGGCAAACCAUUGCGUCCGCCAUGGCCGCCUCAUAUCAAAGUGAAAAAUGCCCCCCACCCCUGAAAUUGCAAGAAUUUGUGAUGCGAAGUUUCCAAAUGAAAGCUUUUUGUCAUGCAUGAAAGGAGUACGAAUCUUUCUGAUGCAGAAUCUAGUCGUGUUUCGCAUCGCUUGCAUGACAAGCACCGCUCUUGCUGGGAUCUUUUGCAAUACAAAUUUUUGCUAUUCACGAUCGGAAAUCUGUGAUGCUGAUACACGCAAGAGGGCGAAUGUUUCAUUUGGAAAGAUUUGCAAUACAAAUGCUUUCAAGUUCGGGGCUGGGGGCAUUUUUCAUUGUAAUACCUCAACAAAUGCAACUACGGGACAGCAUAAUGUAUCAUCCACCUCCGGUUCCGCUCCCCAGUCGCAACUCCACCAUGGUCCUGCGACAACAAUGACUUCCUCACUGCAACAGGGUACCUCCGUGCAGCCUGGUGGUGGUGGGGGCGCCCGCUCUUUGUCGCCGGACGAGCGGGAGCGCGCGCUGUUUCUCCGCGAGCCCGUGCCACCUUUUCGCGCAAACGCGGUACCGGCCUACAUCGCGCGCAGGAAGAACGCCGCGACCCGGCGGCCCCGGCUGAAGGAGAGCGUGCCCCUGAGUGGGCUCUACAGCUGUGCUGGAGGAGGUGCAGGAGGUGGAGUUACUUCUUCUACUACAUCAACCGCAGGAGCGAUGAUGAACAACAAUGCGGGGAGUAGCGAUCAACGUGUGGGACCACGGGGUACGGCGGGUAACAUGAUGGGGGGAGAUGCACAAGCACAACUGCUCGGAAGAAGUCGGCCUAGGAGCUACUCAACCAGUUCAGCCGAACAAGGGGACGUCGAAGAGCAGCGCGUCAGGUUGGCGAUGAAAAUGGAAAUGGUGGGGUUUUACCAGGUAUAGAAGAUAAAGAGAAGUAGCUAGAUCAUGGCCUUGUGGUGCAAACAUGAACUUGGUUUACGGUGUUGCAAUAAAACAGAGGGAGUUAGAUGAAGCUGCUCUAAUGCAUAAUGAACCGCCACAGGAGCAUAACCAAAAAUAUUAUUGACGACGGAUCUUUUAGGGCCUCGGACUUUUGAUGCCGUGCCUGGGCACAGAAAGAAAGAUAGAAAAUAUAUAUUGAUGAGUUUGAUUUCGCAAAAAUAAAGAAUGAAAAUCCCUAACAAAUCUCUCCCAGGGUUGCCAAGACAAUUUUGCCUCGAUGACUGCGAAGCAGAAUUUAAUCCUGCGCAAGAAGAUGGCCGGGGGCGGCGACAAGCUCCAGACCCAGAUGCGACUCUUUGGCACGGAACGCGACCAGCAGAUGGAAAAGUGGGCGUCCCGGGCGAGCGACCCCGCGGUCGUGCAGAAACGGUUAAAGCAAGUACAUCAGCACUUCCAUCACGUGCCGGCAGGGGAUUCCGGAUUAGCUCCGGGCGGAACUGCUGGUGGUGACAACGCAGUCGGAGGACCACCAGCUGUGAACGCGGAAAGUGUGGAGCUGUAGUGUUGGGGAAGGACGAAAAGUUGCUAUUACUAUCUAAGAGUUUCGCUGAUCAAUGUCGCUGUCGCUGCUGAUAGGACGCGAGGAGAAUCAUAACCGGAGCCAACAAGCAGCUCUGCGGAUGAAAAAGACGGCAAACGGCUUCGAAGCAGGCGAUGCUAGCAGAUUGAAAUGAUCAUUAUUUCAAGCAUUUUUAGUUUUACACUAUGAGUGCAAGGAAUCGAUUAAUUGCGGAUCCACGAGAGAUACAAGCGAACUAGGAAAAUCUGAACUAGUAACAACAUGCAGUCUAAUGAACUUAUUUUCACGAUACCACGAGCUGGCUAACGUUUUGUGGUGUCUCUGCUUUAUGUCCAUCAGGUGCUCAUUUUGAUUGGUCUACUGCUUCUCAAUCUCGACGACAAUCGUAAAAACAUGAACGAAAGCACAAAUAAAAAUGUAACUGUAGGAAAAAUUACUUAUUACACGUUUCGCAGUUCGUAUUCGCGUCGUGACCGGAGAGGAGCCUCCGUGUGUAGAUACGAUAGAAUUUCAGCAAAUCUACUUUGAACUCUGAAAAGUGAGCUUUUGAUGCCCGUUUCGAGUCAAGAACACAGUAAACGACAAUUGAUGAGUGCACCGCACGUAGUAGACUCAAGCGCACUAUGGACUACGCGCUGCUUUUUUUCACUGGUUUGAAUAGGUAUGAGAGAGUAGCGAGACGUCCAUGUGCGUCAACUGAAUACAGACGAAGAUGAAUACAGCUAUGGUACACCGAAAAUGCAAUGAUCAAACGAAACCACAACCAGAGCGCAGAAGUGAAAGAAAUCUAAACAAAGCUAUCGUGCACAGAGAGACGCAUACGAAGACGAUAUAGUGUUCUAGCAGGUAUAUCGCAUUCAGUUCGCGGAAGUAGCCUGCUUCUAAUACGGAUUAGCGUAGCGAGGCACGUAUUGCUAGGGAGGUUCUGAAGGAAUGCUUGUGUAGGUACUGGACUAGUGUACUGAGACGAAUUUUUCCAGGAAGAGAUCAUCAGAUCUAUAAAAA